AUGACUAUCAACGCAGACACCAGCAGGUUUGAACACGAGUCUGUCUCUGGAAAGAACAAACCAUUAACAGAUGCGGUUGGUAGAUUCAAAAUUCUUCACGAACAAACAGAAGUCGAUGUGGAUGGUGGAAAAGACAACGACAUAUUUGACAUCAACCAAGAAUUAGAAUUGAAUCUUUUUGAAGGGGACAUCAAACUUCAGCCAAAUGAAAUGAAUUCAAUUAUCGGGGAUCAGUAUCGGUGGCCAAUACCAGUUCCAUACUACUUAGAGGAUAGUUUGGAAAUAAAUGCUAAAGCACUUGUCUUGGAAGCCUUUGAGCGUUACCGAUUGAAAUCCUGUAUUGACUUCAAACCUUGGGAGGGAGAGCCAAAUUACAUCUCUGUGUUCAAGGAAAGUGGAUGUUGGUCAUAUAUUGGAAAUUUACGGAGAGGAAAACAGCAACUUUCUCUUGGAGCAAACUGUGACAGACUGGCUACAAUUCAGCAUGAGUUCCUCCAUUCUUUGGGAUUCUGGCAUGAGCAGUCACGUAGUGACAGGGACGAUUAUGUCAUUAUAGAGUGGGAUAGGAUUCAAAGUGGAACGCAAGGCAAUUUCAAUAAAUAUAACGACACGCGGUCCAAUUCCUUAAAUGUCCCGUAUGACUACACAUCAGUUAUGCACUACAGUAAGACUGCCUUCCGGAUUGGCACCGAACCAACUAUUGUAACUCGCAUAGAAGCUUUUAGUGAUGUGAUUGGACAAAGAAUCGAUUUCAGUGACUACGAUCUGGAAAAGCUUAAUAAGUUGUACAACUGCACUACAUUCAUCAGUUUCUUGGACACAUGUGAUUUUGAAUAUAACAACAUCUGUGGAAUGAUACAAGGUACAGGAGAUAGUGAAGAUUGGCACCAUGUUCUUCAAGCAACUAAUGGCCCCAGCACUGAUCACAGUAACAUGGGGGAAUGUAAAGAUAGUGGCUAUUUUAUGCACUUUAACACAAGAACACUGAAUGUUGGGGCUAAUGCAUUGCUUGAAAGUCGACUUUAUUACCCAAAAAGAGGAUUUCAAUGCCUGGAAUUCUUUUAUUACCACAAUGGCCAUGAAAGUGACAAACUCAACAUCUGGAUCCGGGAAUACACUGAAGACUUUCCAAAUGGCACAUUGAGCUUCAUCUCCACUGUCAAUGGCCAGCCAGCAGAAUACUGGCAGCUGUGGCAUGUCUCUUUAAACACCAAGAACAAGUUCCGUAUAGUCUUUGAAGGAGUCAAAGGCAAUGGAAACUCCAAUGGAGGAAUUUCAGUUGACGACAUCAAUGUAUCAGAGGCAAAGUGCCCACAUCAUAUCUGGCACAUCAGAAACUUCACUAACCAGCUGAACAAUGAAAAUAAAGUCCUAUUCAGCCCACGCUUCUAUUCCAAUGAUGGUUAUGCUUUUCAAGUACAACUUCAAGCCAACAGUUCAGGAGAAAAGCUUUAUGACCUAGCAAUCUAUUUCCAUCUAAUCUCUGGAGAAAAUGACAACAGGCUACAAUGGCCAUGUUCUCUCCGACAGGCAGUGAUGACUCUUAUGGAUCAAAACCCAGAUAUUCGAAAGCGCAUGUCAAACCUGAGGAGCAUUACAACAGAUCCAUAUCGCAUGACAGGUGAUAAAUAUUUCUGGGAUAAACCUGAGCUUGUUGGGUCUCCUGCUAACUUUCCUAAUGGAACACAAUAUUUCCGUGGACCAGGAUUAGGAACCUCAGCGUACAUCACACAUGACAGAGUUCUGAGCAGAGAUUUUAUUAAAGGCGGGGAUGCAUUCCUGUUGUUAUCAGUUGAGGAUGUUACAUAUCUAAAUACCACUCAGCCAAUACCUCCAUCCACAACUCAACCAAUAACUACAACACAAUCCACAACAACAGCAGGUACAGGAACAACAACAACUACACGGAAACCAAUGACAACAACAGCAGGUACAAGAUCAACAACAACUACACUGAAACCAAUGACAACAACAGCGGGUAGAGGAACAACAACACCUCAAACAUCUGGAUCAGUUAAGCCAGGAGCCUGUGCUGGCUAUGAAUGUAAAAAUGAUGGUGUCUGUGUUUCGGAAGGUGAUCAGCCAGUUUGCAGGUGCAAAGUAACUAAAGACUGGUGGUAUGUUGGAGACAAAUGUGAAACCAGAGUUUCCAGCCAAGACACAUUAGUGAUCGCGGUGUCAUCCUCAGUGACUAUAUUUGCAGUAAUGUUAAUAGUCACACUUGUUACAGUGUACUUCAUGAAAAAGAAGCAAAGACAAAAAAUGAAGUCAACAACAAAUGAGUUGAAUAUUAUAGAUAACAAAACUGCUUUUUGAAUCAGAACAAAGGAUCAGGAAUAUAACAAUGGAACUGAUGCAUUCUAAUUUCAUGACUAAAUAAACUUUAGAAUCAAUAAUGGCUCCAGCACUUCUUCAUAUGCCAGUGAUGGGUCGAAUACAGCCCUUGCAAAGACACUUAUACCUGAAGUCCAUAGAGCAUUUAUUGGC